UGGAAUUGGUUCUUCAUUGCGCAUUGAAAUUCUUUGUUUUGUAGAAAAAUCUUGUAAAGAUGACACCUCCAAGAGCAUUGAUUCAACAAAGUGUGGAGCAUGCUAAAACGAAGAACAAGAAGGAGAGGAGGGAUAGGACUGUGCCGACCAAGAGGGAGAUAGAUAGUCUAGAAUCAAAUGCUGCUCGAAAACUGCAACUAGAAUAUCAGAGUACAUUGGGCGAUCCAAUAGCAGAGUUUGAAAGACUCCUUCAUUCUGCUGCUCCAUUUAUCACUUCCUCUUGUACAAAUAAAAAUCAGCAGUUAGAUAGUUCUCUUCAUCAGGCUCAGUUACCAAGAAUAUCACUUCAGGAUGUUUGGAAGUGGUAUGAGACACCUGGGAGUUAUGGGUUAGAAGUCAAGGCAGGAGAUUCUCCAAAUAUUAAUGGUUUUCUUGCUGAAUCGACACCAUUCUGUGCAUAUUUUGUUCCUUACCUGUCAGCUGUUCAAUUUUUUGUUUACCCACAUCUCUCAGAUGUUUGUGGGAAGGAUAAAGUGGACACCAAUCCUGAACUCGUAUUUGAAUUCUUUGAAUCUGAGCUUCCACACGAUCGAAAGCCUCUUCAUUUAAAAAUCAGGGACCUCAUCAGUAUCAACACUUCUAACCUUCAAGUGUUCGGUGAUCCAUCAAAGCUAGAAUCUAUGAACCUGCAUGAUCUACACCCUUCAUCUUGGUUUUCAGUUGCAUGGUACCCUAUAUAUCGAAUUCCAGAGGGCGAGUUUCACGCAGCAUUCCUGACAUACCAUUCAUUUAAUCAAUUAAUUGUACGUAGCAUUCCAAUUGAUUCGCUCAGUAAGACGUUUCAGAUGAUUGUCUUCCCAGUUAUGGGAUUGCAAAGCUACAGGAUAAAGGGUGAACGCUGGUUUGAUCUCAGAACUCAUGUUGAGUCUUCUUCAGAAGAAAGUACUUCUAAAACUUCUGAAAUUCUCAUAGAAAGAAGCAGAGCACUGGAGGAAAGAUGCAGAACACUGGAGAAAAAUGCCUUGCUUCUCUCUACAAGAAGUGUUACAGCAGAUCAAGUCAAAAGAUUUAAUUACCAUCGAGAUUAUCAGUUCUUCAUUAGUAGGAAACGCUAGGUUGAUCUUUCCUGCAUCACAUCUUACACUGUGCUGAUUUCUGUAAACAAAAAACGUGAGGUCUAAAAUGCUAGUACGGUAUCAAUUUUGCUGGUUUUUGUAGGUAUUAAGAAACAGAAAGUAUACAACAACCCCACGGCAGAAGAGUUAAUUUCAGUUUGUACAAUCACUGUAGUUGAUGUCCCUACAACAUGCAGUUCUGGAGGUUUUCCACUGUAAAACUUGAAAUUCCUCUCCUAUCUCUCUAUUGCUAUUUCCCUCUGUUUCUUUUCAUUGAAAUGUUGAAUAGAUAAUACAAUUAGGUGAUCAAAUUGUUAAGUUUCUCCAAAUUAAAUUGCAAUUUCAUUUGUAUCCAUGCAUUCUGGGUCAAUGCCAGUCAAUUGAGGACAGCU